AACAAUAAACACCAACGAAGAAGUCCUCCAAACGCCUAAGGGACCUUUUCCCCACCGGUCCCACGUGUUUAAUGCAUUAUUAUUUCGUUGUCAUUCAUUCGGGACGCGAAAACGUAUCCAUUGUUUUCGCUAGAAAUGUUAUUUUAAGCUCGUAUGCGUUUUAGGUGUAUAUUUCUAUUUUGCCUAAACAGAAAAUACGAGCUUUUCUUUGGCCGCAGCUAGCUUAGCUAGCGUUAACGGUUGUGUAGCUGAUUUGCGGACAACCACAUCUGAAUUAGUGGGAAACUAGACUAAAGUUUGCUUUUUGGAUGAACAGUGCAGUCGACACAAAUAUGAUCAAGGAAAAUCGGUGGAAUAUUCCCCCAAACGCUCCGGCGUGCAUGGAGAAGCAUCUGUGCGCGGCUCAGUACCGAGCAGACGGCACGCUGCUCCUGGGCGCCUCCAGCCUCUCGGGCAGGACCUGGCAGGGGUCUGUGUGGAUCUACAGGGAGCCUGAGCAGGCCCCCAGUGAGGGCUUCUGCAGGGCUGGCGUGCAGACGGAGGCAGGGAUCACUGAUGUCAAAUGGGUCACUGAGAAGGCCAUUGUUGCUGCUUCAGAUUCAGGUGCUCUAGAGCUCUGGGAUUUGGCAGAAGAUGAGCGGCUGCUGGUUAGUCGCUUCACCAAACACGAGCACGACCACAUCGUGACGACCGUGAGCCCCACUGGAGCAACCGGCGCCGUCACCGGCAGCAUGGACUGCAGGAUUAAAGUGUGGGAUCUCAGUCAGGAAGCAGCUGUGACCACCUACAACAUUCACACUCGGCCCGUCAGCUGUGUGACCUGCAGCCCAACAGAUCCGUCCCUCUUCGUCUCCUGUGGCCAAGACGGCCGUGUGCUGAUGUGGGAUAUGAGGAAACCAGAUAAACCGGCCUCCAGGAUAGAAAUCAACCCUGCCAGCUGCUCCCCCACCGUUGUGGCUUGGCACCCCCACCACAGGAGUACAAUAGCUGUUGGCGAUGAACUGGGCAGUGUCCGGGUGAAGGAUUUCCUGGGGACAGAAGCCUCUCGGGUGGAGCAGGUUCACUGUCGCAGGGUUAACGGGCUCGCCUUCUCCACCCACAGCGCCUCGUUUCUGGCCUCAGUCAGCGAUGACGGCUCUCUCGCUGUUCUGAACUCUGACCUUCAGGAAAUACAUCGAGAUCGGCGACACCGGGACUUUGUCAAAGGUGUGUGCUGGCGCCAUGGCGACUCCGGCAGCCUCACCACUGUGGGCUGGGAUCAUCUCGUUCUGCACCACACAGUGGAUCCAGCAGCUGGACCUGCUAACCCCUAACAACUUUGUGGGAGUUUCUGUGUGGAUUUUCAUAGGUCCUUCAAGUGUUGAUUUCUGUAUCUUUAAAUGCACAUUUCAGUCAAACGGCUGCACAUUUUUUAUUUUGGAACUAAGCACAGGAAGACGUUUUUCCACCACUCUGACUCCAGGUGGCAGUAAAACGCCUUUAAAUGCUUUCAGUUUUGUUCUUUUCUGCCGGACUCCUGUCUCACAUGUGUACAACCUGAGGUGGGGGGUGGGGGUGGGGAGGGCGAUGAGUGAGAAUGUUCUAUAGUUUGAAAAGAGUUCUGCAGCAUCUUAAACCCCAAAGGGACCUGAUCACACAGAAGAGCACCCUCAGGCUGAUUUGGUUGAAUGGACAUUUACGUACCGUGACCUCAUUCUGAGAAACAUGCAGUCAUCAUUUCUCCCGCGUGUCGACUGCCAUACUGUAACACAUUUAUUAUCCUCUGUUUAUUGCAUCCUUUCACAAUAAAAGCUGUCCAAAGACA